UGUUGUUAGAAAUCAGCAUCAGGCCACUGCGGAGGUGAUGAUGUAGUGUGGGAGGCAACUUUUGCCCGACUUCGACUUCCCAGACUCGGUCUUUCUUGUGGGACGAAAAAUUCUGCCUCUAUACAUUUUAUUUCGCAAGCUUGGGCAGCAGUGUUGAAGUUGUAGCUGGGCAGAAUUAUCAAAGGCCGCGCUGAGCUUCUUUAAAGGGCGCAGGUGUUUCUGUUGUCGUUCUGGUGGAGUGAAGUUGUGCCUCGGCUCUGCUCGUCCUUUGGACCACGUUGCAGCGACCCCGGACAGUGGUGCUGAAGCGGAUCAUGUGGCGGGUUUCAAGCGAACCAGUCGCGUGCAGCAAUUCCCUGUCCAUGUGCUGCAUCGUCGAUCCAAUAUGGACCCACCAUUCGUGAUCUUCGUCUAGAAGAACUGCGGAUCGCAAUUUCGUCGCAAGUCACCAGCCGGCCCCGGGAAGCAAGUACUUACUUGCCCACGAACGCUUCGUGCUUUUCUACUCGUCUGGCAGUACUUAGCUCUUGUCGUAACGUACGUACAGCAGCAGCAGCUCAUACGCGAUGGUGGUCGGCGUCGGCCGGUACGACAACCUUCCCGCCUCCUCUCCCUACGAGCACGACGACAACAGCGGUUCAUCUGCGGAUCUUUUGCAACAUUCCACGACAAACGCCGUGAUUGGAUCGACGACGACUACCAACGGCUACAACGGCUUGAACCGUGGUCCUGAGAUGCUUUACCAGCAGUCCUUUCACAGCAAGACCAGCUCGAAUUACGAAUCCGUCGACUUUCAGCAGCAAGUUUUGAUGUCGAGCUCGUUUCCAAGCAAAAACCACUACCUGCAGCCAGGGACCAGCAACAGUGCCGGUAGUCAUCAUGCGUCCUUUGCUGGUGGUGUGCCACAGCAACCGCAGUACAGCUAUGUGCAGCAAAGCACUGCAGGUGUAGUGGGGACGAACAUCCCGCCAACUUUCGCCUACAACCAGCAGAUGGCUGCGGCACAAGAUCACCAGGCAAUGCUGCUCCAACAACAGCAGCAGCAGCAGCAAGCUCCGCCUCCGCCGCCCCAAUACGCGGCACAAAGUACUACCCAGUCGACGUCCUCGUCCUCCGCUCCGAAGUCGUACAAUGCGGAGAGGGUAAUUGGCAACGGUUCCUUCGGGAUCGUGUACUUGGCCCAGGUGAUGCCCGACCAGGAGUACGUGGCGAUCAAGAAAGUUUUUCAGGACCGGCGCUACCGCAACCGGGAACUGCAGAUAUUGCAGGACCUGCAGUGCGCCGCGGAAACGGAUUUCCCGCACCCGAACAUAAUCAAACUCAUAUCGCCCUUUCACACACAAGUAUGAUUUUUGAAUACGUUGUGUGUGGUCACCUCUCUCAUGACAGCCAAGCCGUGCCUUUGCUCCACGUGAAAAGUAGCACUUCUGAACCAAGUUUCCUGUUUUGAGAUGUAUCUGUAUGGCUUGCGCGUAGUAACUAUACAUUACCGUCAAAAAAACCUAUACAGGGCGACCCGCAGCGCGACGAGCUGUUCCUGAAUCUCGUGAUGGAAUACAUGCCGGACACGCUUUUCAACGUGGCCCGCCACCUGCGCGACCGCAACCCGCUCGCGAUGCAGUACCAAUACGGGACGAGCUUUUCGACCCGGCACGGAGCGAACAACCCGCAGCAGCUGCAGCCCCCGCGCGGCGCCGUGCCGGAGUUUUUCAUCAUGCUGUACACGUACCAGCUGCUACGGGCGCUUGCGUACUUGAAAAGCUUCCAGGUCAUGCACCGCGACAUCAAACCACAGAAUCUGCUUGUGGACAUGCAGAAGCAGCACGUUUUGAAGUUGUGCGACUUCGGCUCCGCGAAGAAGGUGGACAGUCGGAACCCCUCGGUGCAGUACAUUUGCAGCAGGUAUCGGAGGGCUAUUUCAAGAUUAAACUAGAAGGCUGUUGCUUUAGUCAUAGUCUGUGAGCAGUGUGCUGCAUGUCCAAUUACUUACAUUAACAUCCAAAUUCCUGUUUCUGUUCUCAUGCUUCCAAACUUACAUUAAUUAUGUCCCGCCCCUGCGCUGGUGCAGCAGCCACAUCUUGUCACUUAAUAUUCAGAAUACUUUAUAAUCGAAAGGUAUUACCGCGCCCCGGAGCUGAUUUUCGGAUCGCAAACCUACGGCUGCGCGAUUGACAUGUGGUCCGCGGGGUGCGUGAUGGGCGAACUGAUCAACGAGGGGCGGCCGAUUUUUCCCGGACAGGGCGGCGUAGACCAGCUGAUCGAGAUUGUGAAGGUGCGGGGUACACCAAAGAAGGAGGAGCUCGCGGACUUGUGCGGCAACGUUCAUGACUACUGUCGGUUCGAGUUUCCACCGAUAAAAAGCAAGCCGCUGACCUGGAUUAUGCCAGAAUAUUUGAGGUGAUAAAAACUUACGAGCAUUUGUCUUGCGAUUCAUUCUUUCGCGAUCGCGCCGGCCCGCGCGCAUCUUCCACUACACCAGCCUGCUGAUUUUGCUAUGCACUUUUUUUUGCACACUAGACUGAAAAGGCCAUGCGUACGCUUGAAAAAUGAUCAACCCCCCCAGGCACCCGACACGUCUCUCUUCCCGGUGGCAGCAGGGAUUCAGCCUGUUAGACCGCAUGCUGCUGCUGAACCCGAGGCAGCGUCUGGAACCCCUCGUCGGCCUAGCAGAUCCGUACUUCGACCGGCUGCGCAUCGAAAAGUGCUUCGACACUCCUAUUGGUACGGCGUUUGCCCCCAAGGGCUUGUUGCAGUUCACGCAAAAGGAAUGGCAACAGGCGGACAUGCUCGGAAUCCCGCGGGAAAGACUACUACCAAUGACUGGCGCUUCGCAGUCGGCACUGAGGUCAACGAGCAAUCACGCGCAGGCCGGAAACAAUGGGUCGAAGUAAAGGCUACCUAACGGUAACGUUGACUAGCACGAUUUUUACGGAAAUUAUGCUGAAGAUUAGUUUGAU